GGAACGAUCGAAGGCCGUAGAAGCAUCGAGCGAGAAGGAACAGUGGUGAAUUGCUUGAGCACUUGAUGGUUCAGUGGUUUUGGUUUUCCGUGGAUGUGCUUUGGUUGAAUUCGAGAAUAAUAUUCGGAAAGGCAGACCUAAUCGAGGGAAUAAUUUCGCGUUUGCAGCGUACAAUUCCCAGGCAGUAGUGCAUGUCAAGAUUCUAUCACACAGCUUUGUCAUGCUGUCAAAAUUGACGAGGACGGUCGAGUUGACGGGAGAUCAUCGCUGACAUGGAGGUUCUCGAGAAUCCCCUGCACGACGGGCCACCUCUACUUGGAAGGCUUCCCGGAGUUUCGAAAAUAACGAAAAUAUCAACCGGUGCUGAUAUAAGAGGCGCACGGUUUUUCAACAGACUGAAUAUCUUUUAACAUCACAAUCAGCUGUUUGCUGAUUCACUCGCUUGCACUGCCGUUCUGUGUUUUGGUGCCACUCGACCUCCUAGGAUUAACUUGCAAGAGGACCUUGUGACCUCGAUACGGAAAGUCUACUUUACACGAUGUCCUCGACCUCUAGUACGUCUGCACAGGUGCUUAUGAACAAGGGAAAGCGUGGAGCUGCAGCCUAUAUACAUGCCGAAUGCAGCAAUCCAGCCAUCGGUACAGGAUGUCCACAACAUCUCAACGAGCUCCUUGAUAUUCUUUUGAAUCCUGGUAAAGCUAUAGAUGAUUGGGACACUAUUGAUUGGUGCAAGUGGCUUAUGGCUGGAGGAAGGACACCGGAUGAGUUUGCCAACACUGUAAGAAUUUAUGAUAACGCUACAACCUGUGGUCUGGUAUGGACGCCAAAUUUCGUAGCUUAUCGAUGUCGCACCUGCGGUAUCUCCCCCUGCAUGUCUCUAUGCACGGAAUGUUUCAAAAACGGAAAUCAUGAUCAUCAUGACUUCAACAUGUUCCUAAGCCAAGCAGGAGGAGCUUGCGAUUGUGGCGAUACAUCCGUCAUGAAGGAGACUGGAUUUUGCGACAAACACGGGCCAAAAGCUGCUGUAAAUAAAUCUGCAGCUCCCUCGGAUCUCAUGUGCGUUGCGGAGGCGAUGAUGCCAAGAAUAAUCCUUCGACUUAUACAACACUUGCGUGAAAAUUGUAAAGUGAGAGCUUCGGAUUAUAGAGUGGCUAUACAAGACGCCGACGCAUAUUUAACGAUGCUUCUCGAUUUAAAUAAUAUGGGAGCGCUAAUGAGGCACGUUAUGACAUCCGCACUAACGAAUCCACAAAAAUAUCGAGGCCUUAUUGAUCCCUCAUUAUCGUCGGGUCUCUCAGAGUACGAUAGCUACUGUCAGGAUAGUAAUAAAAUUUAUCAGGAUGCAGUAAAGUCAUUGCCCAAUCCAGAGCCACCAGAUGAAUACAAAGAGUGCGCAUCCCUACAAGAACAUUUAGAACACACGACCUUCCUCGAGGAGCUAGUAUUCUGGACGGUAGCUUACGAGUUUCCCCAGAAACUUGUCUGCCUCUUGUUAAAUAUGCUGCCCGAUCCGGAUUACAAGGAAGCUCUGACGCGGGCUUUUGUGUUGCACUACAGUAGAAUCUCGAUGAUGCUAGAACGUUCGACGGACCCUGAUACACUUAGUAAUCGAGUCGUUCACGUCAGCGUACAGUUAUUCAGUAAUGAAGAUUUGGCACUGAGGAUGGUAGAUCAAUUGAAAUUACUCCACGUGAUGGUGAUAAGUCUGAAGUACAUGAUGAGUAAAAUAGUCAUACAGAAUACCUUGCACGAUCCUGACAAUAACUUUCACUAUGUCGUGGACUGCGGUCGUCAAGUCAUGAAGGAGCAUUGUUACUGGCCUUUGGUCUCUGAUCUAAACAACGUCUUGUCGCACAAGCCGGUGGCUGUUCGUUUUAUGAGCGAUGACACCCUCCUGAAGAUGUGGUUCGACUUUCUCUCUAUGUUUCAAGGUAUGAACGUCAACCAGAGAGAACUCAGUCAACAUGUGGAAUUCGAACCGAACACCUACUAUGCGGCAUUCAGUGCCGAAUUGGAAGCCAGUGCGUAUCCCAUGUGGGCUCUUGUGACCCACUUGACAGGUCCAGAGACUGUGGCACUCAGUCGCAGAGUUCUGUCAUUCUGUCUGACUGCACUUCAGGACUGGUUGGACGUCGUCAAUUACACUUAUCCUACUGUGAGCGACAGCCUUCAGGUGUCCUUUCAUCUUCCGCUGCACAGAUACUUUGCAGUUUUUUUGUGCCGCGCGGUGAGACUGCAGGGAGCUACUCUCCAUGAACUCCUACCACCGACGGACAUGUUACAUCUGAUGAUGAUGCAUCCGCUUCGCGUUCAGGUAGCAUUCUAUGAAAUUCUACAUGGACUCUGGGUCCGCAAUGGACUUCAAAUCAAGGGUCAGGCUAUGACUUACAUUCAAUGCAAUUUCUGCAACUCCAUGGUCGAUGCAGAUCUUUAUCUGUUGCAAAUAUGUGCUACAAAAUUACAGCCAGAUGUUUUCUUAAAAACAAUAAUUGAAAAAUUCCAUGUCCGUGAAUGGAUGAGUCUUAGUCAUUAUCCUGCUCCACAAAAUGAAUAUCUUGAAGGGGAACACGAUACUCCUAUGCUGGAGAGCUGCUUAACAUUUCUGGCCACGUUGGUCAACGUGCGAACCAAUUUGGGAUUAUCGGAUCCUGAGACAUCUUACUUAGAAAUGGUAACGUUACUCUGCAUGGGUGACAAGACCCACAGUCAAUUGAUGGAGUUGAUGCCAGAGCGUUGUGGAACGACACAGAACCGUGACUUUGAAUCUGUACUGGCUGAGGUAGCACAAUAUAGAGCACCCAACCUAGAGGCUAGUGGAAAUAUGCAACAGGGUAUGUACGGUCCAAAACCUCGUGUCUGGGAUGAACUCUUCGACCCUCUACAUGUUUUACUGCGAGCUGUGCACAGAAGAGAUUUCCAAAUAUCUAUGGAUCGAUUCACUGAAUACGUGAAGCAAACUGGUAAGCUAAAAAGCAGCGCCACCCCGUGGCCACCGUUCCGUCAUCCUGCUCCUGUUUCUGCCGAAUAUGAUGACCCACGAUUAGUUUUACGUUCGAGAGUCUUUCAUGCUAUGAUUCUGAUUAUCUUGUACAAGGCUGUCAACGGUCACAAUAUAUCAGAACAUGUCAUGGCUCUGACAAUUUAUCUACUGGAAAUGGCUGUGAUGACAGCGGAAGUGCCUGAUAAGGAUGCUAAUCCACUGUGUCAAUACACUGGUGGAAGCUCACGUGUUAUCAAGGAUAUGGACCUGUCUGGCUGGUACGAGAGUGAUAAUCUUUCUGAGAAUCUCAGGACUAUAAUACCCCGUGUUACUCUAGUUCAAGAAGCCGAACCUAGUAGUUCUGACAGCGACUUUGAAUGGGAAAUUCAGGGCGAAAUGAGUGAAGUAUCGACUUCUCUCAUGCUCAAUGAUGGAAAUGACGAUGGUUCGAUGACAGUUCUUGCUCUACCAGCAGCUGAUUCUAAUACAGUCGGGUAUGAUAUGGCUAUUGUACCUGAGGAUGGGAUCGUUGCUAUCCCUCGUGGAAAUAGGGAGGAUGACUUAGUACCGUCUCUACAAAGAGCCUUGCCCCCAUCUACCGAAGAAUCCAUGGCCCUUGCCCUUAACGAACCAUCUCCUCCACCAAACGAUAUGGUUGGUGAACAACCAGCUCUUCCAGCCGCUCCUCCACGCCCGGCAGUGCUGGCUGGAAACGAGAUAGUCGUGGCCCAACCGAUGUAUCCGCGUCUCAGUACGUCAGGUGUUACCACUACAGAAAUAGUACCGUCGACUUCGAAUGCUCAUAAGCAUUUCAAACGGCGCGAUCCCCAGGUUGGUCCUGUGCAACCCCAGAUGGUGAAGGUCGGCGAGAGUAUAAUUUCUCUCUUACUGAAGCUACACUCUCAACUCUCUGGAGUACCGGAUAGUUACAAUCCGGACCAGCCUACGCAGAUGGAGAACGAGGCCGGUAGCAGUAGUUCAUCCGCGUCGACAUACGAACCCCGGAUUGGCGAUGGACCUUUCUUCAUCUCGCAACUCCUCAAGAAGAUCGCAAAUCUUGAUCUUGCUUGUAAGGAUAACAUCAACGAGACUAGAAAUAAAUUGUGGCCACGUAUGCAGGAGUGCGAGGACGAGCAACGGGCAAGGGAAAACAGGGAGCGCGAGGAAAGACGACGUAGAGCCAAGGAAAGACAGCAGAAGCUUAUGGCAGAGUUUGCCAAUAAGCAGAAGCAAUUCAUGGAGAAGGCUAUGGAGACAGACGAAGCCGGAGUCUCUGGUAUGGAUUGGGAUCAAGAGGCUGGUCCUACCAAAUUAGCUAGCAAAAAAGAAUACGACUGCGUUAUUUGUAAUCAAACAACGCCAAGUAGUGAAGACAAACCGAUGGGUCUCGUCGUUUUGGUUCAGGCUACAAGUGUUAUUGGUCAUGAAAGACGUCAGGAGGAACGAUUAGUUUUACCCACGUCAAUCGCCGACCCAUCUAUACCAAAGGAUACGCGUAGUAGCUCAUUCGAUUACAGAAUGGACCAGAUGAAUCAACAUUUUGAUGCGUUCUCCUCCUUACUGUCUGUCAAUUUGGGAUGGGAAGGUGGUGUCCACGUACAAACCUGCGGUCACCACUUACAUCUAGACUGCCUAAAGUCAUAUUUACAAUCGCUUCGCGGUCAGCAGAGACAGCAGAGUCUCGCAGUAGAUCGGGGCGAAUAUCUCUGUCCAUUGUGUCGACAAUUAGCCAAUUCAGUUUUACCGCUUUCGCCUCAAAUCGGCGAAUGCGCCGCGGUCGUUCGUUCACGUCAUGCAUCCCCGACGACCAUCCUCUCCGAGCUGAACAACUUCCUCAAGGAGAUACAACGAAAUCCAAUCUCGUCUAACUUGGCCGUGGCGAUGGGAAAAGCCAUGGAGGACAUGACGAGUAGCGCGUACUUAAAGUAUAAGCAAAAGAACUGCACGCCUAGUCACCAAAGCUUGUUCCUUUUCGUAACUUCCAUAGCCAGAACAAAUUUCGAAGUUGAGAUCGUACAGCGGGGCGGCUCGCUCUGUGUACCUCGACCCAGUACAAUGCCCUUGACACCUAAACGCGACUGCAUAGUUGCGUUACUUCAUGUGUUGGCGAUGCACGCGAGAGUACUGACUACUUGGCCGGUACAUCACACCUGGCAAGAACUGGCUGGAUUGCCUUUGGAUCCUACGCCCCUUGAACUGACACCACUUCAGAAAGAGGUUCCUCUGCUUCUAAAGGAUCCCACGGCUCUUCUUCUACAAUUUAUUUUACUGCUGCCGCUACACUUGGAUCAGACUUAUUUCUCAAGCGUGGUUAAGGUCGUUUACAACUUGCUGUACUAUCAGGUAAUAGUACAAGUGAGCUGCAGUAUGACACAAGCCGAGAGAAAUUCGAUCCUGAGGCGAGGAAAGACUGGCGACCGUAAUCCAAAAUCUUUGGAGGCUGUACUGCACAAUGUAAUCAGUUACCUGUCCGAGAGCAACUUGUACAGCAACACUAAUAUUUUCGGCAGCCCCUCUACUUCGUCCUCUACUUAUUGCUUCAGGGUGAAGACUCGGAUCGAGCAGCAAAUUCAAACACUAUGUCUACCCUUCCUGAGAGUAGCAGCGCUGCUUCGGUAUCAUCUCUACGAACAACCUAUACCCUUAGUGCAGACUCCCCAGACGGAAUUCGUAAGGCUAGUCUAUUAUUUGGAAUUGGUUACCGAAGGUAUGGGCUGGGAUAGUUUCAACGCAGCUGUAGCCCUCAACUGGCAGAGUAACGAGGCUAGCGUCCAAGUGCCCAGGUUCUGGUGCGACCAGUACAUCGCCCUGGUCAAUCGCAACGAAAUGGUAGCGAGGAGUUUGAUAGUCGAUCACCACAUAACGUGGCAGAUGCCCAAGUUGCUCAGCCUUCCGCGGGAAUACGAAAAAAUCUUUACGUAUUAUCACGAGAGGCAAUGCCGCCAAUGUCAAUCAGUACCUCAGGAAAUUAGCAUAUGUCUCUUGUGCGGUACCAUUGUUUGCCUCAAGCAGAAUUGCUGUAAGCAACAGAAUGUCUGCGAAGCUGUGCAGCAUGCAAUGGACUGCGGUGCAGGAACUGGUAUUUACUUGGUUGUAACUUCGACCUACAUUAUCGUGAUACGUGGCAGAAGAGCCUGCUUAUGGGGAUCCUUGUAUCUAGAUGAUUUUGCAGAGGAGGAUAGAGAUCUGAAACGAGGAAAACCUUUGUACCUAAGCCCAGAAAGAUAUCAGCUAUUGGAGCAGCAGUGGCUGGCUCACAGAUUCGAUCACACUAAAAAAACCUGGGUGUGGCAUCGCGACGCACUGUAGCCCAGCAUUUGGGACAAGGACGAAGCAGGAAAAGUAAGAGAAACUCGGCGGCUCGUGAAUAUCAUUUAGGCACAAAGGGACACCGAAGAGUUCUUGUAAUUUUCUUUCCACUGUCAUUCGAUGUCUCAUCAACAGUGGUGUAAUGUCCUUAAGGGUUCGAAUAGGAAAAAAAAAGAAAGAAAGAAAAGGAGCAGAGAAUUAAUGGAAUCGAAUGAGUUAAUGAUUUGCCCUGAGAUGAUCGACGGACGUUAUAUUUAUUACGACGUAAUUGAACGAAUCCUAGGCAUAAUAAUUAAUCAUUGAAAAUAUUAAUAAACGCGAUGACAACACGAGUCUGGGCUAAAUUGUUGAUAGUCGAUAUUAUAGUUCGCAAGGAUGGAUUGUAUUAAGAAGAAAAAGAAAGAACAAGAAAUGAAUUAUGUUUUCAACUUUACUUUGUACAUUUUAUUUAAGCAUAUAAAUAUAUAUGUAUACAUAUAUAUACGUAAAUUACGUCCUAGUAAAAAGAAAAGAAAACAAAGGAAACAGCUGAUACUUAUUUAGUUACUAAUUAACGAGAAACGUAACCUCUUCAUAUAGAAGCAGCCUAGACGCAUUAUGAUUCAUCGAUUAUAGAUUCCGCGUCUGAUAAAAAAAAAGCGAAUAGGGGAAUAUCCUUGUACUCGAUUGAUACGUAAUUAUAUUUCAUAGUGUAAAUCGAGUGCCCUCCAAUUAAUUAAUAAAGCUGGACCUUCGGACCAUUCACGUUAUUCGUGUCUUUUUCGCUCUCGCGAUUCUUCACGGGCAACUGAUAAAAAGCUCCUACGAAUUUUUUCUGUUUGAGAACAUUGUACUCGUAAUGAGGCCGGCAGCAGGAUUUUUCUUCUUCUUCUCUUUAGUUGGACUUCACUCUGGUGGAUGAUUUUUUUAAAAGCUAUAGAGCUCAAGGCGCGUGCGUGUUGAGAGAUGGAUAGAAGGGAAAAAAGAAAGAAGCAAGUAAAAUUAAACCGACGUCUAACGUACUUUCUAGAUUGUCUAACUCAAAGCAAAGACUGAUGUCUUUUAAAAAUAUCUUCUUACGUUUCAACACUGACGUUUCUGGUCUCGUGUCUCGUUCUUUUCGCUGAGUUUACUUUUUUACAUCAUUUUUUUUCUCCGACCCCACCUUCAAUAAUUAUGCAUUUUGCUUCGCAUCGAGUCGCAUAAAAAAAGGACGAAAUAAUAGAUAAAAACAAGGGAAUGAAACUUUAGAAAUAACAAUACCUCUAUAUUGUGACUAUUAUGAAAUCCUUGAAAAUUGUAAAUUCAACGACGCUUGGAAUUCGGAUACGAUUAAUGCUUUGAUUAUUGUCGCUGAUUAAUCGAAUUAAUAUCCCCGUGUAAUUAGAUGGGUGCGUACUGUAUCUCUGUUUUUUUCAUUUUCUUUAAACGUAAAAAUAGUGAAAAAAAACUUAAAAAUAGUAACGGGGAACGAGAUCUUUAUAGCUGAUCGUAAAGAUCGUACAAAAAAUUGACAAGUUGCGCAACCAUCUGCAUUAUAACGAAGUAAUGUAUAUAUAUAUACACAUUUAUACAGCGCACGCAGAUAUUCAGCAGUCAUUCAUUUAAUUUGUUCUCCUUCCUUUUCUUCUUCUUUCAAAUCUCAUUUCUCUUUGAUGCAUUCAUUAAUUGUUACUAUGAUUUAGUCUUGGAGUACUGACUGUGGCAAAAGAACAAUUAUUUAAUUAUAUCUCUCCUAACGACUGGACUUUGUUUCUAACGAUUAUCUAAGCUCUCGAAAGUGUAAAAGAGAACUUGUAUAACGUAAGAAUAGGCAAGAUUUCUUCUAUUGCUAAUAAUUGGAUAUGAUGAAUGUAAUAGUGACUUAUACGUUUUUUUUUUUUUUUU